CGCAUCAAUCUACCACCACUGCGACUGACAUAGGACGUGUGCCUCCGAACAUCUCUACGUAGCCAUUCUACUUCUCUCGUACCCCCGUCCAUCGCCCUUGAAGCUGGCAGGGUCCGCUAGCCUUCCUAUCUGCUACUUUCACUGCAGCGCGACGACCAAGGUGCUUGGCUAGUCAUUUUCCUCUAGCCAAGCGGCGCCAUCUGUGGCCGAGCGAGGCCUGCUCCAUUCUCAUCUGGCAUUGCAGCUUCUUGCAGAGCCUCGUUGUGUCUUCAAGAUGAAGAUGCUCACAAAGUUCGAGAGCAAAUCAAACCGCGUCAAAGGCAUCGCGUUCCAUCCACGCCUUCCCUUGCUGGCUUCAACUUUACACAAUGGUAGCAUCCAGCUGUGGAACUAUCAAACGGGCACCAUCUACGACAGGUUGGAGGAGCAUGAUGGUCCCGUGCGAGGAGUCGACUUCCAUCCCACCCAGCCACUGCUGGUCAGUGGUGGAGACGACUACCGCAUCAAGGUGUGGAACCACAAGACGAGGAGGUGUGUCUUCACUUUGAACGGCCAUCUGGAUUACGUUCGAACGGUCUUCUUCCAUCACACGCAUCCUUGGAUCCUCUCCGCUUCGGAUGAUCAGACCAUUCGUAUCUGGAAUUGGCAGAGCAGAACUUGCAUUGCCAUCUUGACCGGCCACAAUCACUACAUCAUGUGCGCUCAAUUCCACCCAAAGGAGGACUUGGUGGUGUCCGCUUCUAUGGACCAGACUGUCCGCGUGUGGGAUAUUUCUGGACUCAGAAAGAAAAACACUUCGGCGCAGCCCAUGAGCAUCGAGGAGCAGAUUGCACGUGCCAAUAGCGGCCAAGCAGAUCUCUUCGGCAACACGGACGCCAUGGUCAAGUACGUGCUCGAGGGGCACGAGAGGGGGGUCAAUUGGGCAGCAUUUCAUCCUACACUGCCACUCAUCGUCUCAGCCGGAGACGAUCGACAGGUCAAGCUGUGGCGCAUGUCCGAGACGAAGGCUUGGGAGGUGGACACGUGCCGUGGCCAUUUCAACAACGUUUCCUCCGCCCUGUUCCACCCGAGACAUGAGCUCAUCAUUAGUGACGGAGAGGACAAGACGAUCCGCGUGUGGGACAUGGGCAAGCGCACGGCCGUACAAACGUUUCGAAGAGAGCACGACCGCUUCUGGGUACUCACAGCGCACCCCAACCUCAACCUCUUUGCAGCCGGUCACGAUAAUGGUCUCAUCGUCUUCAAACUGGAGCGCGAGCGACCGGCUUUUGCGCUGCAUCAGAACAGUCUCUAUUACGUUCGAGACAAACAAGUCAGGCAGCUCGACUUCCAGAGCGGGAGCGAUCAGCCCGUGCUCAGCGUCAAGCGUCUGGGCAACCAGUACGUGCAGCCGCGCACGCUCAGCUUCAACCCUGCCGAGCGCUCCGUUCUCGUGACAUCUAGUGAUGGCACCACUGGCACCUUCGAUCUGGCACCCUUACCCCGAGAUGCCUCCAACGACCUGCAAGAGUCGGGCACGAUCGGCAAGCGUGGAUCGGGUGCCGCUGCCAUCUUUGUGGCGCGUAACAGGUUCGCCGUACUCGACAAGACCGCGCAGGCAAUCGAAAUUCGUGAUCUAAGCAACGGGGUAACGAAAACCAUUGCGUGCCCCACGCGCACAAACGAGAUCUUCUUCGGUGGAACAGCCAGCCUACUGCUGAGCACUGCGACGGGUGUCACGUUGUACGACAUUCAACAACAAAAGGUGCUGCGCGAAAUUGCGAGCCCUCCAGUCAAGUACGUGGUUUGGAAUGGCGAUGGAAGUAUGGUUGCCCUGCUUUCCAAGCACACCGUCACCAUCUCGAACAAGACGCUCACCACAAGUAAUCUCAUUCACGAGACGAUCCGCAUCAAGAGCGCUGCAUGGGACGAUGCUGGUGUGUUGCUGUAUAGCACCCUCAAUCACAUCAAAUACGCGCUGCCUCAAGGUGACAGCGGUAUCAUCAAGACACUCGAGGCGCCGGUGUAUCUGACGCGUGUGAAGGGCAAGCAAGUUUCUGUACUCGACAGGUCCGCCCGGCCCCAGACUAUCGCCAUCGACCCGACAGAGUACCGCUUCAAGCUGGCCCUGGUGCGCGGUGAUUAUGACGACGUGUUGCGCAUCAUCAAAACCAGCAACCUGGUUGGACAGGCGAUCAUCGCAUAUCUGCAACAGAAGGGCUACCCCGAGAUAGCACUACACUUCGUACAGGACAAGAGCACUCGUUUCGAUCUUGCUGUCGAGUGCGGUAAUUUGGAUGUCGCUCUGGAGACCGCAGAGGCGAUCGGUGCCAACGAAGUAUGGGAAAGGCUCGGCACUGCGGCUCUGAAGCAAGGCAAUCACAAGAUCGUGGAGCGCGCCUAUCAAAAGACAAAGAGCUUUGAGCGACUCUCUUUCCUUUACCUCACCACUGGCAACCGAGAGAAGCUCGCCAAGAUGGCCAUCAUUGCGGAGAAGCGCGGGGAUGCAAUGAGUCGGUUCCACAAUGCCCUCUACAUUGGAGAUGCGGCUCAGCGCGUCGCUGUGCUUCGAGAAGCUGGCAUGGACGCGCUUGCGUACGCGACCGCCAAGAGCAAUGGCUUGGCUGACGUGGCUGCCGCAAUCGCCGAAGAGGCAGGCAUGACGCCCGGUCUGACCGAGUUGGAAGCCACAGGUAAGCUUGGGGGAGCGGCGGGUGCUGCACCUUUGCGGCCGCCUCCUGUCGUCAGCUCAACCCAUCAGUACAAUUGGCCCAUCAUUGGCCAGAGUGCGAGCUUCUUCGACAAGGCUCUCGUCGCGAACGCCGAAGAAGGCGGCAUGAUCUUUUCAGAUAAUGCAGUCAACGGCGCUGGAAAGCACGACACCAACGACUGGCUGGACGGCGACGACUUUGUUGACGCCGAAGAAGACGAGCUCGCGGGAGAUGUGCUGCAACCCAAGGCGGUUGGCGGAUUUGCUGUUGCUGAAGCAGAAGAAGCCUGGGACUUGGACGACGCCGAGAUCGGAGUUGACGACGCGGACGAACCUCUCGUUGCUCCUCUCUCUGCUACGAUCGGCCCUGACGAGGAUUCGCUUGAUCCUGGCGUCUCGGAAGCGGAGCACUGGCUGCGCAACUCACCAAUCGCUGCAGACCAUGCUGCCGCCGGCCGUUUCGACACCGCGAUGCAGUUGCUGGCUCGCCAAGCUGGCGUGGUCGACUUUGCGCCUCUGCGCGAGCACUUUCUGCAAUGCCACGCGGCAGCACGAGCGUACCUGCCUGGCGCAGCGAGUCUUCCCAGUAUUGUUCUCUACCUUCGGCGCAACCCAGACGAGAUAGAACGCGCCAAGGUCCUGCCUGCACAAACAAGAACAGUGGCCGACAUCAGUGCUGCAGAGCUACAGGCCGCGUACAAAGCAGUCGCCGGCAACAAGUUGGAGGAGGGAGAAUUGCUUUUUAGGCAGAUUCUUCAUCGCCUCGUCCUGACAGCCGGUAGAAAUGAGAGUGAAGGCCAAGAGAUCUUUGACCUGAUCACGGUGUGUCGCGAGUAUCUACUUGGUCUCUCCAUUGAGCUUGAGCGAAGAAAGGUCGCCGCGGAAGAACCAGACAAUCUCGUGCGACAAUUGGAACUCGCGGCUCUCUUCACGCACGCUCAAAUGCAGCCGCCGCACCAGCAAUUGGCUCUGAGGACAGCCAUGAUGUCGGCGCAAAAGGCAGGCAACACAAAAAUGGCUAGCGUUUUUGCAAAGCGUCUGCUGGAGUUGCAGCCCUUGCAGCCGAGGGUGGCUCAGACGGCCCAAUCUAUCGUAGCAGCAGCCGAUCGAAAUCCGCGGGAUGCAGUGCCGGUGCCCAACUACGACCCUCAUGAGAGAACCUUUGUUAUCUGCGCCGGAUCGCACACACUCAUUCCUGCAGGGUUGGGAGCCAUCGAAGAUCCGCUCACCGGCGCCAAGUACAAUCCAGAGUUCAAAGGCAGCCGCUGCAGAAUUACAGGCAUCACGGAAGUCGGCAAAAUUGGCAGUGGUCUCAGGACCUGUGUCUAGCUUCGGAAAGAAUCUGGACGGCGAUGGUAGGGUUGCGACACUGCUGACCUGUCUGAACGUGCCUUCUGCACGGGAAGGAUGGCUCGUGAAUGCGAAAAGAUGCUUGCACAGAAGAACGCAAUGUACAUGAUUGGUCGAAGUCGAUGCGAGCGCGGAACGCGUGGUGCGAUUCAGAAGCGAAACCAAUUGAUUCGCAACUCUGGUCAAGCUAGAAUGUUCGCUAGCUGUCUUGGGGGGAGCAGGAGCAGGAGCAGGUAGGAGGUCUCUGCGGAAGUCACGAGUGUCUGGUUGAAUUCAGAACGAUUUCACGCGUUUGCACCAACAGG